AUGUCCUGUCCAUAUGCACGAUUUAUCGAACAUGAUCUAACUCCACCGCCGACAAAUGAAUCAAAUUCCACAGUUUCAUCAAAAUUAACUCUCAAUGGUACAACAGCAACCAAUGAUGCCUUAACUGAAAUAUUAUCAUUAACUGGUUAUGAUAAUCGGGCAACAAAACCCGAAUUAAAACGUUUACCAUCAAGUGAUGAAUUAGUGACAUAUCACAAUUAUUUACAACUGGAAAAGAUAUUAGAUGCACAAACACUAUUAAGUGCUAAACAUGAUAUUAAUAAAUCAGCCGUGCAUGAUGAACAUUUAUUUAUCAUAAUACAUCAAGCAUUUGAAUUAUGGUUUAAACAAAUUAUCUAUGAAAUUGAUUCUAUUCGUGAAAUAUUUGAUAAAGAAACAGUGGAUGAAUCGCAUAUGUUUGUGAUUGUUAACCGUUUGAAUCGUUGUGUUCAAAUAUGGCAUUUAUUAGUAGAUCAAAUUGGUAUUUUGGAAACAAUGACACCAUUGGACUUUAUGGAAUUUCGUUCAUAUUUAUCACCGGCAAGUGGUUUUCAAAGUUUACAAUUUCGUUUAAUUGAAAAUAAAUUUGGUUUAACUGAUAAUUCACGAAUACAAUAUAAUAAUAGUCAUUAUACAAAUAUAUUCCCCAGUGGACACGAUAGAAAUGAAUUACAAAAUUCCGUAGAUGAACCAACAUUAUUACAAUUGAUUGAAAGAUGGCUUGAGAGAACACCAGGACUCGAAGAUAAGACAUUCAACUUUUGGGAAUCUUAUAAACGAUCGGUCGGAGAAUAUUUCAAAUUUUUACAAACAAAUGCAGAAGAUGAACCAAAUCCUACGGCAAGAGAGUCGUCACUGGAAGAUGCUAAAAAGACAGCUGAUAUAUUUCGUUCGAUAUUUGAUGAAAAAUUUCAUAAUCAACUUGUUCAACGUGGUGAUCGACGUAUAAGUCAUCGUGCUAUGCAAGGUGCACUAAUGGUAUCUUUAUAUCGUGAACAACCAAGAUUUCAACAACCCUAUCAAAUAAUAUCAUUAUUAAUGGAUAUUGAUGCUCUAAUAACAAAAUGGCGAUAUGGUCAUCUUAUUCUUGUUCAACGACAAAUUGGAAAUAAACAAGGCACUGGAGGUUCCGCUGGUUAUAGUUAUUUGCGUUCGACAUGCAGUGAUCGAUACAAAGUAUUUAUUGAUUUAUUCAACAUCUCAGCGUUUUUAAUUCCACGUGGAUUUUUACCAAAAUUAUCGGAUGAAAUGAAGGUAAAAUUAUCCGUAGCAUCGGUAAUUGGAACACAAGAUACUUCUUCUACGAUGAUUAAUAAAAUAGUGAAUGGGGGUUCGAAUAAUGAUGACCACGAUGGUAUUGAUAAAAAAUCAAAUAGGAUGCCAAAUCAUGUGUUUAGUUCGAACAAAGAUUAG